UUUUCGGUGCAGUGGGUAGAGAGUUUGGAGACUGACAAUGGUUUUGUCGGUAACUUCAAGAUCAUGCAAGAACAACCUUGUCGGUAAGUUGCAAAGAUUUUGGUAAUAUCUACUCAAGCAGCUUUUCAGGUGAAUGAGCAGAAAAUGCUAUGGCUGAUGAGAUGAAAACUGCGAAUCUUGGCGUUCCCUUGUUGGGAUCACGUUAUAUACUCGUUCGAUCUCCAUGAGUGGGCGCAUCGAAAUAUAAAUUCUUCCUCCUCCAUUGGUUUGGGAAGCAAAUUAAGUCUCCAUUUGCCUUUGCAUUUCGUUAGGGAAUCAUUUAGAGGAGGCCAAAGGAUGAAUAUGAUGUCUCGGAAUUCAUAGGUUACCUGUAUCUGCUCUGCAGGGAGGGCCGAAGAAGAAUAAUGGCAAGCCACAACACUGCCGCCGGUGGAAGAAGUCUCCUAUUAUAUUGUCAAAGAGACGCGGAAUUUUAACAUCGUCGGGAAUGAAGCAAAGGCACGACACAACAAUGACCUUGCCACAGCAACUCAUCUUACCAGGAUUUUGCGUAAGAUGAUGGCAAAAAAUAGACAACCGUAAUGUGGAAGUGGGACUGAGAGUGCCUUUUUAAUUUGUUGUAAUGUACCCUGUCAUGAUCGGAACAUAAGUGCAAGGCGAAGCUGAGUUGUUGUGGCAAGGUCAUUGUUGUGUUGUGCUUUGAGGAUCUGAAACAUGAGUGCAAGGCGAAGCUUGAUGAUUACGCUUUGUUGAACCACAAGGCCAGAAUUCUUGCGAAAGGCGUCUGGAGCCAUGCCACCGAGAAAGAGCAAAGAUAAAGAGGUUCAGCCAGCCCAGGCUGAACAUGCAAAUAAUAGUCCAGUCUACUCAGAGGGUGAGAAUGAUCCAGUUGUUCCUCCCCUCUUGUCACCCUUCAUGGAGCAAUCUUAUGGCAAUCCAAUUUUCAAGGAAAAGGAUGCAGACUGGAAAGAUGAAUUGGCGAAGUCAUACCAUCGCCAUCAACCUCAGCAUAGGUAUAUUCCGCCAACUAGGAAGGGAAAUGUGGGUCCUUAUCAUCAACCCCAUCCAAGGGAUUUUUUCCAGUCACAAGAUCCUUUUCCAACUAUGUCUGUUGGUGUGAAUGUUGCAAACUUGAGGAAUGUUGCUAGAAAUCGUAGUCUGCCUUAUGCUCAAAGAAAUCUUGCUGCUGAAGACUUGAGGUGGGUUAUUGAGGCGCAAAGAUCCAAACAUAGCAGGAGCGUUAGAUUAGACCGGCAGAGGCUUGAGGGGCAAGGAAGGAUUAUUAUGACCAGGAACUUUAGCCCAGAAUGUGACAGACAUCACUCAGCUGGUACUAGAUCUCUAAGAAUGGUUAAAUCACCACUUAGACCACACCAACCUACCGAAAGGAACAUGGUGUGGGUGAGAAAAAAGAAAAAGGAGACUGUAACCCUGCCUUUACUAGAGAAGGAUGACCAAUCUCCAGCUUCUCCAAAGGUGGCGUCUGUCAUUGUGAGUCCAGAUGAAAUUUUGAAAGCAACUUUUGAAGCACAAGAACAGCCUAGAAAUCUUGGAGGAGGGGUCAAUCGUUCAAGGGGUGUGCUACCUGUUGAAUUAACAGUGGGAAAUAGGACACUGAUGUUUGUGUUUUUUGUGGUGGACAUUGUUGCUACUUACAAUGCACUUUUGGGUGCUGUUGGAACUUUUGAGUGGGUUGUGAUGCUAUUUGGUCUGAAGAAUGGUGGAGCCACCUACCAAAGAGCCUUGAAUGUAAUUUUUCAUGAUAUGAUUGGUAAAUUCAUGGAAAUCUACAUUGAUGAUGUUGUGGUGAAGUCACAUGGGGAAGAAGACCAUCUGGUCCAUUUGAGGAAGGCUUUUGAGCGGAUGAGGCAACAUGGCUUGAAAAUGAACCCAUUAAAGUGUGCCUUUGGAGUGUUUGCAAGUAAUUUUCUUGGAUACUUGGUACAUGACCGUGGUCUGGAGGUUGAUAAGAACAAAGCUAGGGCUGUGAUUGAAGCAAAACCACCAUAGAACAAGAAGGAAUUGCAGAGAUUUCCUGGCUAAGUUAAUUUCUUAAGACGUUUCAUUUCUAACUUGGUUGGGAAAACUGGAAUUUUCUCUCCUUUGUUGAAACUCAAGUCUGAGGCAGAUUUUAAGUGGGAAGAACAACACCAGUCUGCCUUUGAUACAAUAAAGUGGUACUUAUCCA